GUCAAAUAUACUUCCUAGUUAUAUAAUCAUUGUUAAUUACUGGGACGGUAUUCCUGAAGCAAGUUCCGACCGUACCUAUCUGACAUUACACCAUCUAAUAUGCUGCUUGUGUUACUGAUCCAUACAACUAUGCUGUUGACAGUUUCGGCACAAAAGAACCUAGCACCACUUGGGAAGGCUACACAAAGUUCACAAUCUGGAAUUGCUGGACCAUACAAUGCUAUACAUUCACCUGUAUCAAAUAAAUGGAGUGAUAGGUAUUGUACCCACACGAAUACCGAUUUUAAAUCUCCAGCAUGGUGGAUGUUUAACUCUUCUUUCGAGUCUACAUUCAUCACAGAUGUCACUAUUUACUACAGGGAAAACUUAGCAUAUCGUAUGGAUGGAUUUAAAUUGUAUGUAACCAAUAUUUCAACUAUUCCACCUGAUGGCUAUCUCUGUUAUGAAGAUACUGAUCAAGAUUUUCCAAACAUAACCCAGACAAUUCCUUGCAAUAAACUCGGAAAAUAUGUCAUUUAUUAUGAUGCUAAAGGAUCUAUGGCAGAAGAUAAGCAGGGACCCAUUGUUGAACUUUGUUACGUUGCCAUCAAUGGUUGUCAAGCGAGUUUUUGGGGAAGCAAUUGCCAGGAUAAUUGUGCUGAAAAAUGUAUAGAACGAAAUUGCUUCCCUGGAAAUGGUUCUUGUGUUUGGGGUUGUAACCCUAAAAACUGUUUAAAUGAUAUUUGCAAUAAAGAUACUGCAGUUUGUACCGAAGGUUGUAAUGAAAGAAGACGUACCGGAAGCUAUUGUGACAUGUAUAAUAUAGCAUACGACGGUUUGGUCUGGCAGAGUCCAAGUGGUAGUCAACAGGCUGAUCUAGCAAAUGAUGGAAAUAAAACAUCAUGUUCCAAAACAAUAGGAUCUAGUGUAGCAUUUCAUGUUGAGCUUAAAGGAAAAAGCAUUGUAACAGGAAUAUAUAUCAUUUUAGGAGAUGGUACAACAAAAGAGGAUCAUCAUACUUUUUAUGCUUCAAAUGAAAGCAAUGCAAUGAAUAGUGGAACUGUUUUAUACAAUGGGACAUUUUUGCCUACAGAGAUCAACUUUGAAGCCGUUUUUAAAUUCCUAACUUACGUACCUCCAGUUCAGAUUCCAUUUACUGAACUUGAACUAUGUGAAAUUGGGAUAAUCGGUUGUCCUCCUACACACUAUGGGCCUUUGUGUAAUACAACGUGCCCACAAAAUUGUAAUGGCCCAUGUGACCUUGAUGUCGGGCAUUGUAUAUUUGGUUGUUUAAAUGGGUGGACUGGGACUACAUGUGAACAAGAAUGCCCUGUUGGUUCAUACGGAAACGAUUGUUUUGAAAAAUGUUCAGCAAACUGUUGGAAUCCAAAAUGUGAUCACGUGACAGGUGAAUGUAUCAGUGGUUGCAAUGCUGGAUGGCGAGGAUUCAAUUGUUCCCAAAAUUGCCCUAGCGGUCAAUUUGGGGGAAACUGUUCUGGAUUUUGUGACGGAUGUUUAUCAAGUAUGUGUGAUCAUGUUGGUGGAAUAUGUGAUAUCACAACUAGCUGUAAACGUGGCUAUAUAUACUCUGAAUACUGCGACGUAUCCUGUGACGAUGGGAAUUUUGGUAGAAAUUGUGAAAAAACAUGUAAUUGUCUAACCGAACCUUGCAGUAAAGGUGACGGAAUAUGUCCACCUGGAGGCUGUAAGGAAGGAUGGCAUGGUGAAUCAUGUAACAAAGAAUGUAACAGUGGUUAUUUUGGUCGAAAUUGUGAUCAUUUCUGUGACGGAUGUAUAUCUUAUAUAUGUGAUAAAACUGAUGGAUUAUGUAAAAACACCUCUGGAUGUGAACCUGGUUAUCUGUACGAAGAAUACUGCAACAGAACAUGUGACGAUGAAUAUUUCGGUAAAAACUGCACACGAAAGUGUAAUUGUUUGACUGGAACGUGCAACAUAUUCACGGGAACAUGUGAAGAUGCAUCUAAAUCGACAAGUGAAAAGACUAACGUUAUCGCGAUAGUUGGAGGUGCUGCUGCUAUCCUUGUCCUUGUGCUAAUAGUAACGGUGGCUUUCAUCGUUUACAAACGCAGAUUAGUUUCCAAACAAGAUAGAUAUAUUCAACAUACCAAACCACGCAUUCAGACCACCUUGAAUGCACAGAAGGAAACCAGUAAUGAAUAUGCUAAUGUAAAUGUAGUUGCAAUAACAGAUGCAGAAGAGGUAAUUUUCACAUUGAAAGACAGAGAAUUCGAAGAUCCCGAUUUACAAACAGAUGAAAAUGGGGAUGAAAACGUGUACUAUAAUGACACUAGUGAACACGAUGUGUCUAAGUACAAGAUACUGAUCAAAGAUCUUAAAUGGGCUAUAAAUGAGAAACAAAAGGCCGAUGGUUUCAAGAACGAGUAUGAGAUUUUACCUAGAGGGCUAAUGUAUGCACAUGUUGAAGGAUCAAAGGAAGAAAAUAAAGUUAAAAAUCGUUUUCUCUCAACAUGGCCAUAUGACCAUUCACGAGUUAUCCUGAAGGGAAACACGAAGCAGGAAUAUAUAAAUGCUAGUUAUAUUGAUAACUAUGAACAUAAAAAGGCAUACAUAGCAGCACAAGGUCCUAAAAGGAUUACAGUGAAAGAUUUUCUGCAUAUGAUCUGGCAAGAAAAUGUUGAGAAAAUAGUAAUGGUAACACAGCUUAUAGAAAAUGAAAAGAAAAAAUGUGAAUCAUAUUGGCCUGAAUCAGUUUCUGAACCACUGGUAGUAAACAACUUUAAAGUAACAAUGACCGAGGAAAGAAAAUACACAUUUUAUGUGUACAGGUUAUUAACACUUUCGCUCAAAAACGUUACGAAUGUGGAGGAACGAAAAAUUCACCAUUUUCAUUUCAUUCAAUGGCCAGACCAUGGUGUUCCUGACAGCAUCAAACUUGUAGACUUUUACAGAAAAGUCAAAAAUGAAAAAUGUCAUCAAAGUGGACCAAUGGUUGUACAUUGCAGCGCUGGAAUUGGAAGGACCGGAACAUUUAUAGCUAUAGAUGAAUUAUAUCAGCAUGGAACGAAAAUUGGUUAUGUAAAUGUUAUGGAAUAUAUAGAGAUGAUGAGGAAAGACAGAAUGAAUAUGGUUCAAACAUACGAACAAUAUGAGACAGUCUUUGAAGCCUUGUUAGAAUUGUUUACAGUACCAAAAACGUCUAUUCCGAAGAAUGAUUUCUGCCAUUACAUUUUGGACCAAGAAAAUAAGACCAGUCCACGAAAUCAGAAGUUGUAUAAAGUAGAAUUUCAGAGAUUGAAAACCCUACGACCCCUGUAUCCUCCAUCAGCAUUUACCGCAGCAACAUUAAAGGAAAAUAUAUCCAAGAACUCAGCAAAGAAAAUACUUGCACAUGACAGGUAUAGGCCGUAUCUUAUGUCAUAUGGUAAAACACGUAGUGAUUACAUCAACGCUGUGAUAAUACCAGGAUAUGCAGAUAAGAGUAAAUUUUUAGUAACCCAAUGUCCUUUGGAAGGGACUGUUGUUGAUUUCUGGACAAUGGUAUAUGACCAUGACUCAAAAGUUGUUGUAUUAUUGGACCAGUUAAACAAGAAUGGUCAGUUGUGGACAGGAAAAAAUGAAGUGUUGGAGUUUGAACAUUUUACCAUUUUGCAAGAAAAUGCGUCCAACACAGAACAGCUCCAGCUGACCUUACACUCUAAGAAAAAGGAACAGAGGAAAAUUACUGUUUUUACGGCACCUAAAUUGAACGUGACAAGUGAUGCAAUGCUUCAAACUAGCAUUCUACUAGAUCUUCUGAAAAAUGUAAAAGAUUUCUGGGAAGAACACAAAGGCUAUAUUACUGUUGUUAGCAGCGAUGGUUGCACUAAAAUUGGGCUGUUUGUUGCGCUAUAUCUUUCUUUGGAAAAAAUGGAGAAAGACGAUGAAAUUGAUGUGUUUCAAGUGGUUAGAGCGAUGCAAGUUAGACGCCCUGAAUUUUUAAUGGAAUUAGAGCAGUAUGAAUAUUGCUACAGGUGCAUCAAGGAGUAUUUAGAAAGAGACUCGCUGUAUGCAAAUGUUUAGUUUCGUCAGUGUUUAUUCCUUUAGAAUUAAGUUUAGAUCAAAUACAUUUACAUACUGAAAUGUUAUAACGAAAUAAAAGUAAGAUGUCAAAUUACAAAGAAAAUUGUAAUUACAUGUCUUUGUGGACAAAUUAGAUUGUUGGGUUUUGUAUACAUUAUUGAUUAACAUUGUCUGCGAUAUAUAUCUAUGGUAUAGUUUUAAUUAAUCGGAAAACAGAUAAUACUAAUAUUUAUUAAUCGUGUCUUUGAUAUAAAUGUGUAAAACUCUAGUAUAUUCUAAGCAUAAACCUUGAACUGCCUUGGAUAAAGAGACCUUUUUGUUUAAAAAAAGUCAAAAUUCAAAAGUCUUGAGAUCAGUCAAUUUCAAAUUGGUAAUUAAAAUAAUCGAUCAAUAAACUGAACAUCAAAGUUAUAUUCAGUGUUCUUGCAGGGUUUUUUUUAUUUUCACAGAAUUUGAUGUUUGUCCAAAUUUUGGCUCAUUUCAAUUCCUUUAAAAACAAAUUAUAUGUAAUAGAAAUUUUCACUCUAAAGAAAUUAAUGAACAUGUGCAGUUGGUAUGUUUCUGCUUAGUAUACAUUCAUUUUAAAUGCUCACAAAACCUAUAAGUAAUCAUGUUAUGUUUCAUACAUUACCUAUUUUUAUUUUAUUUUUUUCAAUUCGUGAACCAGGCUUGGUAGUACAGUUCGGAUUAGUUUUAAAUUCUCUUCAGACCUGUAAGAAUAAUCAAUCAUAGAAAUAUUCUAAGGUAGAACUGUCAUAUCAUGUGUUAUAUGGUUGAACUGUACAGCUCAUGAUUACAAAACAGCCGACUCAUUUCACACAAAAUUUUACCAAAAAAGUAUUCGUAACUCGGGAACAUUGCAGUAUAACUAACGAUCAUUUUUUGACGUAACAUUUUUUGUGAAAAGAGCCUCUACUCUACAGUAUAACUGUCAAAAUGUGUUCCAGAGUACAAAUCUCAGAAUCUGUUUUUCGUUAGAACUGUCAGAAUCUGUUCCAUGGUAGAACUGCCAGGGUCUGUUCCAGGGCGGAUCUGUCAGUAUCUAUUCUACGAUAGAACUGUCAGAAGAAUCUGUUUCAUGGUAGACCUGCCAAGAUAUAUUCCAGGGUAGAUCUGUCAGUAUCUAUACUACGAUAGAUCUGUCAGAAUAUGUUCUACGGUAGAACUGACAGAAUCUGUUCCAGGGUAGAACUGUCAGGAUUUGUUCGGGGUAGAAUGUUAAGAAUCUGUUCCGUGGUCGAACUGUCAGGAUUUGUUCUAGUGUAGAUCAUUUUCAGUCAACAAUUGCUUCAAAAAUAUCAGAAGAACUAUUAAGAAGAUUAACUUAUGAAUCCUUAGAUUACAAGGGAGGUUACAUUGAACAUAUAGCCAUGCUGUUUUCUGUUUUUAUUAGACAUGAAUCAUCAGUUCAAAAUUUUGAAAUAUGAUCGUUAAAGUUUUAAUGUUAAUUUAUUGUUUUUUCUUAAAUUCAAUCCGAAAUUGCUGCCAAAAUACGUUUGAAUCAACUGUUUUUUAAACUAUUUUAAACAUGUGUUAUCAAUUUUGCGUGUUUACAGUGUCUAAAAACUGUAAAUAUGUAUACCGGAACUGUGUUACCGGGUAAAUGUGGUACAGCGACUAAUAUAUCAUGUCUAGAUUUUUUGUCGGCAUAUUUUUUCGAACUGCAUUCCGUCUUUGAUGAGAAAAGGGAAUAGAUUAGGUGUACCGAGGUUAAAAUCUUGUCAAUCGAUUAAAAGAGACAAAUCAAGGCAGCAAACAAAAACUAAGGGCAUCGCAUGAACUCCAAAAGGUGCGAGACCUAAUGCGCCGACGGGGUAAACGUCUCCUGCUAUGCAUGCGUAAUCCGCUAUUCGAAUACACUCUCAGACACAAUGACAAAAUCAGGAAUAGGACACAAUCGGUUAAAUCACAGAUCAGACUACUAUAAAGGUAUCUGUAGAUCUAAGAAAUGUUAUCCCACUGACAUUGUUUCAACAUGUUCAAUGUAAAAACUCCUGAAUUGAAGAUAUAUAUUGAUAUAAUCGAGACUUCAUUUGUUAUUGUCACUAUUAUUAUUAAGUUUUUUGUAUAAUGAGUAUUCUCUAUUUGAUUACUGUUUUAUAAAAUUAUAUUUUUGUUUGUUUAUAAACAUACUUUGUUAACCAUUUUUAUAUAGUACAUAAUGUAAUGGUUUUUUUUUAUCAAAUAAAAAUACUUCGGCA